AUGGCAGCUGCCGGGAACCGAGGCGGCGCAUGGGGCGCGUGGCAGGUCGAGCCGGCCAAGUUUACUACACUCGUCGCCGACUCGAUGAGGGCGUUAUACCCGGAGGAAAUCGCGGACCGCGCGUGGGACAACGUCGGUCUACUCGUCGGCAACCACGAGCAAGAGUCCAGCCAGAAGAAGCCCAUCGUGCUCGUCACGAAUGACCUAACGUACCAAGUCGCCAUCGACGCCAUCGACAAGGGCGCCAGCGUCAUUGUCAGUUACCACCCGUUCAUCUUCUCCGGCCUCAAGUCCAUCACCGACAAGGACCCGCAGCAGUCGACACUCAUCCGUCUGAUGCGCGCUGGCAUCGCCGUGUACUGCCCGCACACUGCCGUCGACGCCGCGCCCGACGGCCUCAACACGUGGCUCGCCGACGUCGUCGCUGGCACGCACGCCACCACGCGCUCCGUCGCGGUGCCGUGCAAGACCGCGCCCGAGACCCAUGCCGGCGCUGGCUACGGUGCUCUCGGCCACUUCACCGGCGACAACGCUAGCGUCUCCCUGGCGGAGAUCCUCAUGCGUCUGGCCGACCGGCUCGGUGGCCUGCGGCACGUCAUGGUCGCGUCGCCCGUGGGCGCCGCGGCACCGGCGGACGUGCGGGUCCGCAGCUACGGCGUCUGCGCGGGCAGCGGGUACGAUGUGCUGAAGGGCGCCGAUGUCGACCUGCUGGUGGUCGGCGAGACGAGCCACCACUCGGCGCUGCGCGCCGUCCAGCAGGGCCGCACGCUCGUGCAGGUAUUCCACAGCAACUCGGAGCGCAGCUACCUGCGGCAGGUGCUUGCGCCAGCGCUCGAGGCGCGGCUGCGCGUGCAGGUGCCGCAGGCGAAGGUGAUAUUGAGCGAGUAUGACAAGGACCCGUUUACGGUGAUUGAUGUUACGGAGUUGUAG